AUGUUAUCAUUUACAAUUGAAAAUAUUUUUGGUGUUGGAUCAUUUCGUUUAUGUGCAGGUUUUCCAUCAUCAAUUAAAUCUAUUGAACAUUCAAAAUCUCAUAUAUAUGAAUGUCCAUUAAAUGGAUGUAUACAAAUUUAUAAUUAUUCAAAUAAUGAACGUUUAUAUUUGGAACAUAUUUAUGAUGAUAUUAUUGUUGUUAUGAUUUAUAAUGAAUAUAUAAAUCAAAUUUUAACAUGUUCUUAUUCAGGUAAAAUUAUUCUUUGGUCAAUUAAUUAUCAAAAACGUUUUGUUGAACAACAAAUUCGAAUAAAUCAUGUUCAUUAUGGUUGUUGGACACGUGAUGGUACAACAAUUUAUCUUUGUUCAAGAUUUGAUGGUACACUUAUAUCACUUUCUUAUGAUUCAAAACAUCAUUCAUUAACUGAAAAUUGGCUACGACAUUGGGCAACACCAAGAAAUGAUUUAGAAAACAUUCAUCCAAUUAUUGAAGAUUCAAUAUCAUCAUUAAAUAUAGCUGAAAAAAUUGAAACAUCAAAUACAUAUGUUGCAGGUUCAAUUGGUUAUGAAUUUGUUAUAUGUACAGCUGUACGUCGUCAUUUAUUUGCUGUAUUACAACGACCACAUGAACAUGUUCAUAUACAUGAACUUAAUUUACAUGAUGGUCAUUUAUUAAAUGAUCUUAAAUUAGAAAAAGCUAAAGCAAAUCAAACAUUUUUAUGUGCUACAACAACAACACUUUGUGAUAGAAAUACUGGAAAAGAAUUUUUUGCUGUUGGACUUCAAUCAGGUUUAAUUUUUAUUAUUGAUACAAAUCCAUUACAAAUUCAUACAACUGUCAAUGCUAGUGGAUCUCCACAAGCAAUUAUCUGGUGGCAUUCAUAUUUGUUAACAGUUGGUUAUAUAUCAUCGAUAGUAAAUGUCUAUUCAUUAGAUGGUUCAUUAAUUGGUUCUGGUGAUGGUGCACCAACAACAGCUAUUUGUCAUUUACAAUGGAAUUCUGAUGAACAAGAUUUAUUAUGGAUUGGUGGUUAUAUGGGUUUAGCACUUGUACGUAUUGAAUUAUUAGAUAAUCGUACACCUUCACCAGUUGAAAAAGUUAUGUUUACAAUAAUAAAUACAGUUCCCGAAGAAACAUCAUCAUUAAGUUUAACAACAAUAAUACAUAGAACAUUACAUGAAACAGCUGGUUGUGGUUUAUAUAUGGAAAAUGAUGAAAUAUUAUCUGGUGAUCUUUCUGGAAAUAUAUUUCAUUGGACAAUACAUGAUAUAAAACCUAAACAACAUACAAUUAUACCUGAUAGUAUUCGAUGUUUUAUAUCAAAAGAUCUUGUUGGAACAUUAUCUGGUAUAUUAUAUAAUGUAGAUACACAAGAAAUAGUUGAAGAUUUUCAAUCAACAAUUAUUUGUUCAGCAUGGAAUAAAAAUAAAACAAUUUGUUUAAUUGGUCUUGGUGAUGGAACAUUAAUAAAUUUUCAUACAAAAAAAAUUAUUGGUUUACAUAGUAAUAAUGCUGAAAUAUGGAGUGUUUGUUUGAGUCCAAAUGAAGAAUUAUGUGCAACAGCAUCAGAAGAUCAAACAACAUGUAUAUGGAAAGUUAAUGAUGAACAAAAUUUAAUUGCUACUCUUAGAGGACAUACAACAGCAGUAACAUCUGUUCAAUGGAAACAUGAACGAAUUUAUACAUGUGCUGAUGAUAGAACAGUACGAAUAUAUAAUACUCAAUCAAAUUUAUAUAAUUGUCUUUAUGUACUUCAUACACCAAAAUCUUUAUUUGGAUGGUUUACAUUAACAUAUUUAAAAGUUGAUGAAGAUCAAAAAUUAAUUAUUUGUACAACACAAAAUGGUUAUUUAGUUAUAUGGCGUGAUGAUGAAAAUAAUGAAAAUGAUGUACCAAUUCUAUGUAAAAAAAUUCAUUUCGGAAGUUUAGAAGGUUUAAUUUAUGAUAAAGAAACUCAUCGUAUAGUAACAAUAGGUAGUGAUUGUACUGUUACUUCACUUCGUUUACAUAUCCAUUAA